AUGAAGCUUGUGCUUAUCUUUCUCUGCUCCGUCGUCGUCUCUUUCUGCCAUAUUGUGAAGCGGCAAGCUACAAAUGACGUCUUUCAAGACGUUGUUCGCCAAAAAACACGAGGGAAUCAGAUACAGCAGGUUGGCAGAAGAAUAGACAUGCAGAGUGACGUGAUUUUUAGUAAAAGACAAACAUUUCAGUGUCCCUGUGUGAUCCAUCCCGAGUCCCGGCAAUGCAUUUCCUAUGACUCUCGGUACAUUGCAGUCAAUUACGAGGAGGCAAUACUUUCCUUCCUCGACCUUUCAAAACAUCAUGCGACACCUGGCCCGUUAAUUGUGAGUUAGGGAAUAUAUCGAAGAAAGGUUAAUUAGCCUGACAAUGUGUGGUCGAAUUAGUUUGUAAUAGGAAAGAAAACAAGGAAGUUUUGGAGAUAAACAAUCUCAAUUUUCAGAAUAGUAACACGUUUUCGUGCCAAACGCCGGAAUGUCAGCAAUGCUUUUCGUUACUUUAUCGAAAACUGGGUGAUAUUGGUUUCAUUCCUUCAACAUAUAGGUGCCAUGUCUCAAAAGUUCAAGGCACAAUUGUUAUUCUUCAGAUCAUCUAUAUCACCACUACCGCAAUCACAACUUAAUCCCAGUUUGUGCCCUCGCUACAACUUUCCAAAUCCUGUGUUAUCCCCCGUGGCUCCGUCAUCAAUCCCAGCUUAUCUUCAAACCUUGAUUAAUGCCGGAAAAACGUUCAGAAGUACAAUUGUAACUCGAUCUAGUCAAGGGGCUCCGCCAUCAGCAUCUCCACAUGUUAGAAUUGAGAACUUUUGAGGCUUCAGCUUAUCAAAAUUGUUUCAGACUCCUCAAGUUAAUCGAAACAACAACCGCAACAAUCAAAAUAAUCAAAACAACAGAAUUCAAAACCAGAAUCAGAAUCAGAACCAGAACCAGAAUCAACAAGAGAGACAGAACAUAAACCGGGUUAGUGACCAUUAAUCACUUCUUCUCAAAAAGGUUUUUUUUCAGAACAACCAACAACAAACACAAUUCCGUAACAACCAGGCAAUGCGAAAUCGGUUCAAUGCGCAGCAAAGAGCAAAUAACGCAUUCCAAAACAAUCAGCGAUCAAUCCAACAGAAUCAGAACUUUCAACGACCUUGGCAAGGCCAACAGCAACAGUUCCAACAACCUCAGCAGCAGUUCCAACAACAAUUCCAAAACCCACGGCCAUUUCAAAACUUUAAUGGACUCCAACAACAAUGGAAUGGUGGGAAUGAGAAUUGAAUACGUUAUCAUCAUACUAGACAGCUUUCAGGCCGGUUUUGGGAGCCAGCCACCACCCACGCCGUCUCGGAGGCUAUUAGAAAUCCCAUUCAGAAUGGUAAUUUCGUUUUUUUUUCUUUUCCAUUUCUCAUUAUGAGCGAUCAAAAGACUAAACCGAUUCUCCGUCUUCAGCUGGAAAUGGCUGGUCAAACGGAUGGGGACAACAGGCAAACGCAGAGUUUCCAGUCGCAGCACAGCCUGCUCCAGUCGCAGCCCAGGUCCCCGCAUGGACAAGUGGCGUCGGUGACGGAUUCGGAAGUGGAAGCCACUUUAGCGGAGGUUGGGGAGGAGGUGGCGGCCAGAAUCAAAAUAAUCAUGGCUUUGGCGGACUUUUUGGCGGAUUCAAAAGUGAGAUUAACGGGUUGAGCUAGGACGCGAAUUACUUUUUUCUCUUUAUCCGCAGAACGUCAGAAACGAGCGACCUCUCCGGCGAUAAUUGGACAUCGUUUCACAAUAAGCUGCAUGGCACGCGGAGACUCGGAAGAUGACAUGCUAGCUUUAUGUGGUGACCAAAUAUCAGAAUGACAACCUCCAAUUGACGCCAUAUUUUAUAGGGUCGUGCUGGACGUGGCGGCAAUUGCCGGAAAACUACUUCCCUCGAAUCAUAAACGAGCUCAGCUGCAAGCCAGACGACUACUGCCUGUCAGGUGCAAUAAUUUCCGUGGAAACGGGCCUAAUCUCUUGCUUUGACGCAGGUUGGGGAGAAUGUGUCCAACAAUAUCGGAAUGUUGACGUUUUACGGCGCGACAACGGUCGCUGGGUGCCCACAGUCAUCACGACUUCCACUUGUUGUGAUUGUCGAGUUCGUGCGGGUACCGAAAUUCAUUCUUUGGUUAUUGGUGAUAAGCACUGAAGCACAAUACGAAAGGCCAACUACUCUCACAUGCUCAUUUUUCUUCCCUUCUCUAUUCCUCCUUCUUUCACUCUCUCUUCCAAUCUUUGAAACCCAGAUACAGUUGUAUAUUAGAACCGCCCCCGUAUUGGUGGUUUUUGCCGUCUCAAUUCCCCCUCAUAAAACGAAAAGAAUCAAGCAAUAAAAGUAUUUCAUCUGUCGUUUUCUGUAUAACUUCAUUCUUCCGAUAACGUCCGUUUUCUCGGAAACACUCCGCUCAAAACCCACUGUUUCAGCCGUCGACCCACCAUUAUUAUCACCGUGAAAAGGCCUCUUUGUAGUGAUAAAGGCGGUAGAAACACGAGAGUUAGUCGUUUUACUUUUACCGGAACAUUGGUUUUGAGCACCGAAUGUUCAAAUAUCAAUGACAACUAGUGGGUAAACAUUCCGUAAAGCUGUGUUAUUCAUUCAAAGUUUCUGCACUCUAACGCUACACCUUGGCAAGGGGGAUGUGGGAGAGAGAGAGAGAGAGAAAGAGAGAGAGAGUAGCGUGCGCCGCGUGGCCCACGCCGUUUCUCUGGCCUUUAUCCCGCGUCUUUCCGUGAUCCGUUGUUGUUCAGACACCUCCUUCUCCACCUUCUUCUUCGGUUGCGUGUAAACAUAUCCAUCAUGUACAUGAUUAUGCCAAUUCCAAAUUAGUUUCAAUUUCUUGUUACUCUCUCUCGUUUUUGAGAGGCAAACAAUAACGAGAAUGGCAAUAUCAAUAUCCAUUACUUUAACAAACAAAAACGUGUGUUAUCGAUCAUUGUUCUCCCGAAUUCAGUCAUAAAUUCUAGCCACGUCAAGAGAAAUUCUGCCAAUUCGGUGUGACCGCGCGCUCUCGCUCGUUUUCAUUCUGGGUGAAAAUGUUGUUGGUCGAAUCGUGAUUCAUGCCAAGUCCCUCGAGAUUUCCAACAGUGUGCGUCACUUAUUUUGAAACACAUGCUUCAUCCUUUACUCCCAACAAGUCCAGACUUUCUAGACAAAAACUUAAAGAUCCACCUCAUAAACCAAUCAUUCACUUUCUCUUCUCCCCCAUGUUAUGGGAUGUCUGAUUCAUGCUUACAUAGUUUCAUGAGAUACCUGCCCCCACUCCCUAGUUUCUAUUUAAACCCGACAAUCAGCACUUCUCCCGGGUGCCAGUCGCUUUUCUACGUUCACAAUUGUUUGUUUCUAUCCGUGCGUUCAAACGACACUCCGUUUUUGCUAAACAGCGCGCGCUCGUUUGCAUUUACGCCGUUCGCGCACCGCUAAACGCACAUCCAAUGCUCAUUGUCUCUGUGCCAUACGCUCAUUGAUUUUUGCCCCCCACGUAAGUGUAUUCUCGCAUCUUUCCUAUUCCUCAAUUUACAAUUUUUUUGCUUAUCAGUUAGUAACUUUAAUCUUUUCAGUAAUAAUGAGCGAAGAAAGCGAACAAAAGGUUGGCAGCCCGACGGCCGAGGAUAAUAAUGUGCAGAAAGGAGAGCACAUUUUGAGCAAGGGCGCUAAGAAGAGAGCCAAGAAACAGCAGAAGAAGGCGGCAGAGGCCGAGCAAAGAGCCACAGAAGCAGCUGCUAACAAGAAGGAAGAUUCUCCGGAACAGUCUGGUGAUUCCAAGAAGUCCGAAGCAAAACAGAUUAAUAAUAAGGAGGAGAAGUCGCCGGACAACACUGCCGACAAGAAAGUUGAUAAAAAGGAGAAGCCGUCUAAGAAACAGACUGAAGAGGCCGAUUCGAAAAGAAAGGAAGAAGGAAAAGCCGAGACGUCUGAAGAGAAAAAGGACCCUGUCGAGCAGGUUGUGCCGGUAAUCCAAAGGUUCGACAUCAAUGGACAACCGCUGAAAACAAUUGCCGGAAACUCUUCUGUUCACCUCGGAGAGAUCACUCCACAUAACGUUAUGGUAAGUGAUCCCUGAAAGAGUUGUUGUUAAUUUCCGUCAAGCAAUUUUCAGCAGCUGAAAAAGCUCAACGAAGCCGUAUUUCCUAUACUCUACAACGACAAGUUCUAUGUUGAAGUGAGCCUGAUAAUAACUCUAAUUAAUCCCCAAAUCCAUUGAUUUCAGGCCAGAUCUUGCGGAGAAUUUGGCCGCUUGGCCUAUUUCAACGACUGUGUGGUCGGAGCCGUGUGUUGUCGAAUCGAUGAUAUAUCGGACGAAAAGUCGUUAUACAUCAUGACGCUCGGAACCUUGGCCGCUUAUCGACAGUGAGUUUUGACUCAAAUCAAAUAUAACGCUUAUCAGUGACGUCUUGGGCUAGCGUUAAAGCGAUGAUUUUGACAAUUUAAUUGGAUGACACACCUUGGAAUGGGAAUGAGAAUACAGGGAAAUGAUGUGUUUCCUGCUUUUAGAAUCGGAAUCGGAACUGUUCUUAUCGACUAUGUAUUGAAACUGUGCAACAAGAUGGAGGAAAUUAAGACGGUGUACCUGCACGUUCAGGUACGGUUUCAGACUGGGAAACAUGAAAAAUAGUGAAGAGCUUGGCAGGUGAACAAUCAAAACGCAGUGCACUUUUACGAGAAGCACGGCUUCACCAAUGACGGAAUCAUUGAGGAUUACUACCGUAUCAAUCCAAGAGACGCUUAUCUGCUCAUCAAACGAAUCCGCUAA